AUGCAUUCGCCUCGCACUUUGACCUUCACUGUCCUCACGGAUACUACUGCGGUUCAUGGUUGCCCAAGUCCUUCUUCUGUGCUGUUCAAUGACGCCGCAUGGUGCUGCGCAGACCGCAUAUUCGCCGCCGUUAUGGGCGCAGGAUACGAAGGCUCCCUAAGAUACCAGUACCACCAGAAGAUACAACGAAGAGGGUGCUGCGGAGACUUCCCUGUACCACCUUCAACCGAGUCAUCUUCAGGGAGCGGAACAACAAUACGGAAACUUCCUGUUCCACCUACAUCAGCCGCUGAUAGUACUAGUAAUGGCGCCAAACCUCGAACUCUUCCCACACCGCCCCCAUCACCAACAGCAAACCCAAAGUCAGAGCCAGAAGUUCGCCGGCUACCUACCCCUCCUCCUCCGCCACUUGCAAUGAAUCCCGGGUCAUUUACACAGCCUGUUCGGCCUUUACCUUUGGCGUCAUUCCCAACUACACCAUCAGUGACUAUGCAGUACACCCAUGUUGGGUUUGCGGACAAGUCCUGCCGGACACGCAGAUGA